GAAGCAUCAUUCGUUAUUUUUUUGAUGGCAGCUGCUGGGAUGGAUUCAAAAUCUAAACCCUCUGAUGUUCUGCUGGAAUCCCCAGAACUUGAGCAGAUUCUGGACAUAAUGAGUUACUCACAGCGUGGACGAAUGGACGGACAGUGUUGCACUCUAAGUCCUGCUAAAAUAGAGACGACAUCUGCAGGGUCAAAAGAUGAGAGAUCAUCCCAUACUUCAGAUAAUAAACAGGGACAAUAUGUCAACUCGCAUUUAUCGUUGCCUGGAUUUAAUUACCAAGAAAGUGGACGUAAUGAUCAUCAUGUCUCUGCACCGCAUAUCUCAGUGACUGAGAGUACUUCAGAUAGAAACAGGAAGCAUCUGUCAGUUCCAGUUGACCAAUUACAGAUUCCUUCUCAACGUGAACGCUCAAAUUCUAUAAAGUCAGAAUCAUCUGCUGAACAGCAAAAGUUCAUGGAGAUGAUUACCUAUGGACAGCGUGGACGCAUGGAGGACCAGUGCUGCUCAUUGGAUCCUAGCAAGAGUGCUCCUUGCACGCCCAGAUACACAGAGAAAAAAACUGUUGCAAUGACAGAUCCUGAAAUGUUCUUCAAUCUGUUGGCCGACACUCAGAGCCGACGGCUCGAUGACCAGCGAGUGUCGCUUCCAUCAUUACCAGGCUUACAAAAUGAAAAGGACACUGCUAUGGGAGAUUCAAGCUACUUGUGUUACAUGGUCUCUAAAGUUCAAGGCUCCAGAAUGGAUGAUCAAAGGUGUUCAUUACCUCAAAUCCUACCCCCAGAGACACCGUGUUCAUCAAACAAGGAUCAGUCUGAAUCCGGUUUAAACCCAUUACGGUCAGCCUCCUUCAGCUCCAGUUCAGACAUCAUAAAGCAACUAAAAAGUGAGGAUAAAAAUCCUCAAAAACAGUUCUUGACUCCAGCUGAACAGGAAGAUCUUUUUACCUUAAUUAGUAAUUCCCACCAUGGCCGGAUGGAUGAACAGCGAUGUGUCCUAAAUGCUACACCCCAGUCCACACCUAAGCACCAUUUCAGUCAAAGUGAAAUCCCCCAAGAUUCUGAUAAUUUCUUCAGCUUACUGGCCAACUCACAGGGCCGACGGCUGGACGACCAGAGAGUGUCCCUUCCUUCAUUACCUGGAAUACAGAAUGGAGGUACCACAUUAACACCCACUGCUGCUGAGACGGAUGCAAGCUACUUGUGUUAUCUGGUUUCCAAAGUCCAGGGCUCAAGGAUGGAUGAACAGAGAUGUUCUGCACCCCACAUCUUCCAGAAUCUGGGUACUCCAUCAGCUCAGCGCACAUCUGAUAAACCUCCUUGGAGGUCUGCCUCAUUAAACCGUGACAAAACUGAACAGCGUGGGCAGGGAAUAUCCGCAGCUGAAGAGGAGCAGUUCCUUAAAAUGAUAAGUCGAAUACAAAGUGGACGCAUGGAAGAGCAACGCUGCUUUUUACAACCCAGCAGAAGCACACCUUCCUCACCUACACACAAUGGCAGUGCUUUGAAUAAAGUACCCAUAGGCGCAGAAGCAGAGGCGUUCUUCAAAAUCAUCACCUCCAGUCAGUCGCGACGACUAGAUGAUCAGCGCGUUGCACUUCCUACCUUGCCAGGGAUAAGUGGAAAUUCUGAAGGAAAAGUAGACAUACAACGACAUACAACAGCUGAAAUCCCAGUCUCUCCACUACCACAGAUCACAGUGGCUAAAUGUACACCUACAACUUCAAAAAAGUGUCCUACACCUGCCUCACAACCUCAAAUGGCAUAUGGAAAGCCUGCUUCCACCGAGGCCUUACCCAAAUCUGCUUCACUUAUUCCCAAGGGAGAAUUUAAGAAGAAGUCUAAUUUCCCAGCUAAGGUAACAGUGAGUGUAUCUGUGAGCUUCACACCUCAGGAGAAGAAUGCCAAUGAGCCAGAUGCAUUUCCAGAUGUCUAUCUAACUCUUGGAGCCCCAGGGGACAACCUUGUGAUACCUCUGAGUCCAGUAUGUGGCAGGCCCUUGUCCUUUGACCUAAACCUUGUUAUGAAGGAAGAUGUUAAGUUCAGGCAUCGCUCUCCAAGCCAUUCCAGUCCCAGAAAAAACAACUCCAGGCCGCCAUCUCCCAACAAAGGUGCGACUGGUAAAGCACAUCCUACAUGCUCACAUGAACAGGGGAAGCUUGUGACCAGCCACAACAGUGCAGAUGUAAACUCCUUCUCCCCAACUGAAAAGACUCACCUGGAGAAAGGAAUGGCUCAAGAAGGACAAAAGGGGAAAGGAGAACUUGGAAAGGUGAGGGAAAAGGCACAGCAUGGAAAAGGAAAGGGCGCUGUAAAGAAAGAUAUGAAGAAGAGUGGCAAAUAAUGUACUUGUAAAUUAUGGGAUUUAAAUGUAAAAAAAAAAAGUAGCAAAAAAAUUGUAUUUGUAUUGCUAAAAGCUCUUAUUAGAAAUUAUGUUGAUUCUGCUUUAUAGGGUCAUUUGAAGGAUAGUCCUUUGCUAGCUAAAUUUACAGUACAUAUUGUGUCUAUUGUUUUCAGUUUUGCAAAUUUUCUAAAUGUAAAUACACUGUAAGGAAUUUUAUUCUUUGUGUCAAUUAUAAUUGUAAUCUUGAAUUAAAACCUUUGGUCUGUUAAACUCUGUGAAGAUGUGACAAAAACCAAACCAAAACAAACAUGAUAAAAAAAACCAACAGCAAUAAAU